AACUUGCUCUUUGAGUUUUGAAUCUCUCUUCCAGCAAUUUCAUCCAUCGCCAUGUCGGAAACUGCUCCUGCUGAGACGGCAGCCCCGGCUCCAGUGGAGAAAUCUCCUGCUAAGAAGAAAGCAGCCAAGAAGGCCGCGAGCGGUGGCGCCGCGAAGCGCAAAGCUUCCGGGCCCCCUGUUUCGGAGCUGAUCACUAAAGCUGUGGCUGCUUCCAAAGAGCGCAAUGGCCUUUCUUUGGCUGCGCUCAAGAAGGCGCUGGCAGCUGGCGGCUACGACGUUGAGAAGAACAACAGCCGUAUCAAGCUGGGUCUCAAGAGCCUGGUGAGCAAGGGCACCUUAGUGCAGACCAAGGGCACCGGCGCCUCCGGCUCCUUUAAGCUCAACAAGAAGGCGGCGACCGGGGAAGCCAAACCCAAAGCCAAGAAGGCGGGGGCUGCUAAAGCUAAGAAACCUGCAGGGGCCACCCCUAAGAAGCCCAAGAAGGCUGCUGGAGCCAAGAAAGCCGUGAAGAAGACUCCUAAGAAGGCUAAGAAGCCUGCGGCUGCUGGUGUCAAAAAGGUGGCCAAGAGUCCCAAGAAGACCAAAGCUGCCGCAAAGCCUAAGAAAGCUGCCAAGAGCCCUGCUAAGCCCAAGGCAGUGAAGCCAAAGGCGGCCAAACCCAAAGCCGCUAAGCCUAAGGCAGCAAAACCCAAAGCUGCAAAGGCGAAGAAGGCGGCUCCCAAGAAGAAGUAG